AUGGGCAGUGAGGGCGAAAGGUACUUUCGCCAGCUGUUCGGCCCGUCAGUCGGACUGCUCUGUUCAAACGAUAGCGAGGAAGUCGUCGGUCGAAAUGGCCUUUCAAUUACCGAGUUCUUUCAGCCUUUUGCUUGUGUAAAUACAGAACUGACAUCUCGUGAUCCAAAUGGUCAGCUUCAUGGUCUCUCGAACUUUACCCUCAACUUUCGAAAUAUCAAAAAUGAGCCUAUUCCCGAAGAAAAGCUAAAAGCAAAGUUGGACGAUAUUCUUCAAAACAGCGCGAAAGAAAUCAGAAGAGAGCAACACAGAUUCGAGAACGAGUCCUACAACUUGAACAUAAAUGUGGCAACUCCCUGGUAUCAGAAAUAUAGAGACACCUAUCUUGCUCAUUCGCUCAUUUAUCCUCAUGAAAGAAUCCGUCACGUGAUAAGUUCUAUUCUGGUCGUAUCAUCUGAAAACGCCGACCCAAUGGGCGAAUUCCGUUCCCUCGCAGAAAUCCACCGCCAGCGUCAACUAGAAUCCCAAAAAGCGAUCGAAUACAACCACAAAGACCCGGCUCAAAAUUUCUGGUUCUCUGAAUCGACGAAAAUCUGUUUUCUUCUUCUCCACGAUGUUCAAAAAGGAUCAGAAGCAAAGGCGCAAGAAGUUUUCGCGAAUUUAAAGCAGACAUUUGGAGCUUCAAAUGCUUACUUGUUGAGAGUGAACUCUGGUGGAAAUAAUGGAGAGGCGUCUACUGAUCCGUGGGGGCAGUUUUCGGAGAAUCAGAAGUUGAGGCUUUGCGAUGGAAAAGAUCAGGAUUCGAUUAGGACUUUUGUCAAAGAUCUUUCUACAGGUGCGAUCAUCCCUCAUUUGGAACACGAGUCAAAAAAGCUCUACGAAAUCAUCCAAAAUCGCCGCGCUCUUCAUCGCUCUCUCUUUUCCGCGACGAAGAAGCUUUUCGGGGGGAGCAGUAGCAAAUCAUCAGUUCAAGAAAAGUUCACGGAAACAGUCGAAGUUCAAAUCAGAAGAUUUGGCGAUUUAUGCUUCAUGCUUCAGCUUUACGAAACAGCCGCGCAGUAUUUUUCGACGGCGAAGAGGGACUUGUCCAACGAGCAAAACUGGGUUGAGGCCACUUCCGCUUCUGAAUUUGUCGCAAUAGCACAAUUCAUGUCUGGUGGAAAUCUACGCGCUGCUUUUCCAAAACAAGCCGCUGCCUUCGCAAUCAAUUCGUUCCUUAACUUGGAGAAGAAAGACCUCGCCCUGCGGAGUGCCUUUACUACUCUUGAAGCUGGAAAAGGAGUUGGUGCUUGGGUUGAUACUGCGAAGGACUACCUGCGUUUUUCGAAGGGAUUCUCUGCGAAUCAAAUUGCCAUGUUUACGGAGCAAGCUGCGUUGUGUUAUUUGAAGGCCGGACAUAUAAGACAAUUCGGAUUUCAAUCCGUCCUUGCCGGUUUCCAGUACAAACUCUCCGGAAUCCGAACUCUCGCUCUAAGAAACUACAAAAAUGCUGUCGACGUUUACGAAGGCCGAGGAUGGGACGCUGCUGAACUUCAUGUCCACGAACUCGCUGGCGAGCUAUCUCAAUUUCUCGGGCAAAGUGUUGAAGCGGAGAGGUCAUACGCUUCUGCCUUGUCACUUGGUUGUGGACAGAACGCGGCGGUUUUUACGAAUUACUUGGCGAUGGUGCAAUACAACCAGCAAUACAAAGGGACGAAGGUCAAUUUGCCCUUCCCGAAGAUAGACGGAAGCAAGAUCGGAGUCGUUCUCGAGCGCUUCUCAAAUGAUGCGACGGAAGAGGGAGAAAGCUUAAGAUCUGAGGUGCUUCGAAUGCGAGAACUCGAAGAAAUGUGUUUAAAAGCGGCUAAUGAUGGAAUCGCUCCUAUCACUUUUAAAACAUCGAUUCCCACCGAAAGAAGAAACCGAAGUACUUUUAAUGAAAGGCCGCUGGGAAUUUCUAGCACCGAUAGAGUCCUGAUUUCAGUGCCGAUCGAGAACACGCUGAAUAAUUCGCUGCUUCUUACCGACGUCCAGCUAAUCGGAGAGGGUGAUUUUACCUCAGAAUGCACCGAAAAAGAAGUCAUCAUCGAUCCAAAGCAGACAUUCACCGUCCCUUUCACCAUCAUUCCCGGCGAAAACGCAGAAACGAUCAAGAUCAAGUCCAUCUCUUACAAAAUCACAACGGCGGAUGCAGAAGGAACGGCCGUCGUCGAGUCUUCUCAAGAAUUUCACAUUCAAGGAGAACGACUAAACAAGCUCCAGAAGCAUCGCAAAGGCACGUUUUACGCUGAAGACCAUCGGCUUACCUUCAAAGUUGAGAAAGAAAUGCCACUAUUGAGCAUGAGCGUGGAGAACUUGCCGGAAAGGUUAAUAAGUGGAGAAAUCUAUGAGACGAAGAUUUCUAUCGAAAACAGGGGCAUAAAGAAUGCUGAGAACUGUUGGCUGAAUCACAAUCAAGAUCGCCUUUUAAAAAUCUCCGAAGGAGCAAACUCCACUGAUCCUUCGACCAUCGAACUUUCCAGUUAUCCAUCCCUUGUCUCACUCGGUGACAUUCCCGCGAAUUCCUCAAAAACCCUUUCUUUCUUCCUCAAAGCUCCCGCCUCGCAGCAACUCAAUUCGCUCGACAUCGUUCUUUACUCAAAUGGCUCAAAAGAAAGCGCAACGAAGGAAUCGCUUUCUGUCACAAUGUCUAGGAAAAUUGAAGUUAUUGGAAUGAUUUCGCCUACUGUUCAUGUCCUUCCAGCGCCAAUUGGAGCUAGAAAGAGGGUCCUGCAGAUUCAUUUGGACACUGCCGCGGAGAAUUUUACAGCGACUUGUAGGUUUACUACUUCUGGACUUGGAAUAAUUAGCAAUCAAUGGACUCUCUCUGACACAAAACAGCCUUGUACCGGAAUAAGCUGGAUGCAAGGCCAGCGAUCCUCGUUCCUCUGUUUCGUCGACCAACAAUCAGUGCCUAUCGUAACUUCAGUCACAGAAGCAGUCGAUGGUCGACGAGCUUAUCGACGACAAAUGACGAAGAAGGUUCAUUUUAGUGAAACAGGAACGUGUGAUCUUGCAAGACAGUUUUUAUCUGAAAGUGUCAGCUACACAGUCCCUGAACCGACUCCGGAAGAUGAUGUGAUCAAACAUCACUGGCUUGAUACCUUCGCCAGUGAGAGGAUUUCGAUAGUCUUGCAGUGGUCUGCAGAACUGAUUGUGACUCAAGGAAGCCGCCAAUGCAUCGGCCAGAGCAUCAUCCAUCUCGAUGAUAUUUUCGCUUUUGCCAAUCAAGAAGAACUCGCCUCGCCCGUGGCUGCUCCAGUACGAGCUUACCUAGAUGCCCCUAGUAGAGUAGAACAUGACUUUUCCACUGGCCCCGCGAAAGUCCGCUGCAAAAUCAUCCUCGAGAACAGCUACAAGGACAAAAACAUUGAUGUCAAAAUGUCGUUUUCGCAGGCGAUCGAUUCCGCUACAGGUGUGAACAACAACGUCUCCUACGCGUGGGUCGGCUAUUCUGAGAAGAGACUAACCCUCAAGUCGCAAAAAACUGCCGAUGUCAAGAACGAAGUCGUCUUUACUACGCCCGGGACUUAUGAUCUCUCCAAAUUUACUGUAACACUUGAUGAUUCUGAAGUUCCGCUAACUCUAGCCCAGCAUAUCAUUGUUGUCAGCAAUAGUGGCAUCAGAUGA